AUGGCCGCCCCAGAAGUCCACCACCUCUUUCACGCCCCAAUCGCCGACCACUCCUUCUCCGCCGACCGCAACACCCUUGCCGUCACCCAUUCCAACACCCUCGAGCUCUACAAGCGCAACGGCAACGCCUUCCGUCUCCAAGACGAACUCCGCGGACACGACAAAACCAUCACAGGCGUCGACAUCGCGCCGCGCUCCGGCCGCAUCGUAACCUGCAGCCAAGACCGCAACGCCUACGUCUGGGAGCCCAGCAGCACGGGCCAAUGGAAGCCUACGCUCGUGCUGCUCCGCAUCAAUCGCGCGGCGACGUGCGUGCGCUGGAGUCCCUCGGAGACGAAGUUUGCGGUGGGUAGCGGCGCACGGAUUAUUGCUAUCUGCUAUUUCGAAGAGGAGAACGAUUGGUGGAUUUCGAAGCAUUUGCGCAAGCCGUUGAGAAGCACUGUGAACUGCGUUGCGUGGCAUCCGAAUAGUGUGCUGCUUGCGGCUGGCAGUGCGGACGGACAUGCAAGAGUGUUUAGUUCGUUCAUCAAGGGCGUGGAUGACAGGCCGGAGCCCAGUGUGUGGGGAGAGCGAUUGCCGUUCAAUACCGUCUGCGGGGAGUACCUCAAUCCCACCGCCGGCUGGGUGCAUGGCGUCGGCUUUUCACCAUCUGGAAACGCACUGGCGUUCUGCAGCCACGACAGCACUAUCACCGUCGUCUAUCCCUCUGGGCCGGAGCAGCCGCCUCAGGCCGUCAUCAGCGUCGCCACGCAGCUCCUUCCCUUUGCCGAUCUCCUGUGGAUCAGCGAGUCCGAGAUUCUGUGUGCGGGGUACGAUUGCGAAGUCUACCGCUUCUCGGGCCAGGCCAGUGGCUGGCAAUUGACGGGAUCAUUGGAAGCGGCGGGCAAGGCGGGAGCAGCGGGUGUGCAGAGGGAGGAGAGCGCGCUGAACCACUUCCGCUCUCUGGACUUGAAGGGUCGGUCUGGAACUGGUGCCGACGACACCAAGCUGCGCACUGUGCACCAAAACACCAUCAACACGCUUCGCAGCUACGAGGAAAGCGGCGCAGGGGUGCGCAAGGUGAGCACCGGCGGUGUGGAUGGAAGGGUGGUUGUGUGGACUGUCUAA